GUGUGUGUGUGUGUGGCAAGUAUAAUGGUGAAAUAGUGAUGGCAGCUGUUAUUUAGAGCUAGGGAGGACAGAAGAACGUAAAAUAAUGAGAUAUGAUAGUGAGAUGAAGGGAGACAGCUGUGUGGGACGUAAUAAUAGUGACUUACAGAGAGACAAGCUGUGUAGGGCAAGCAGAACUUAAUAAUAGUGAAAUACGAUCGAAAAAAUAGUGAAACCAGCUGUGUAUGGUGAAAUAAGCUGUUAAUUAGAGCUUAGGAGUACAGAAAAGCAUAAUAACGAGAUUUGAUAGUGACAUGACGAGAGACAAGCUGUGUAGGGCAAGCAGAAAUUAAUAAUAGUGAAAAAUUAAUGGUGAAAUGAAGAAAUAAGCUGUUUAGGAGGCAAUGAUAGUGAAAAGAAGAUGAGGCAAGCUGUGUAGGGCGUAAUGAUAGUGACUUACAGAGAGACAAGCUGUGUAGGGCAAGCAGAACUUAAUAAUAGUGAAAUACGUUCGAAAAAAUAGUGAAACCAGCUUUGAAUGGUGAAAUAAGAUCAAAACCAGCUGUUAUAUAGGCCUAAGGGAUGCAACGAAGCUUAUAUUAAUGGUGAAAUGGGACAGAAGGACGUAGAGUUGUAGUAAAUUAAUAAUAGUGACUGGAAUGGUGAAAUGGAGGAAGAGGAUGAAAAAUUGUAAUGAAAAGGAGACAGGAGGCAUUUAUUUUAGUGAACUGGAGAGAAAAGUCACCAUUUUGAAAUAAGGAAAGGAAGGAGGAGGCAAAGACAGGAUAAAGAGGAGACAGACAGAGAGAGAGAGAGAGAGAGAAAGGAGGAGGAAUAGAGAGAGAUAAGAGAACAGGAGAUAGAGAAGAAUUAAUGAACAAAGGAGAUAGAUGAAGAUAAAAGGAGGAGAAACAGGGAGAUAAUUAAUAAAAGAAUAGGGAGAUAGAGAGAUAGAGAAGAAGAGACAGAGAAAGAGAGAGAGAGACAGAUAAACAGGGAGAUAAUGUAAAGUUUUGAUUGAUGAAAGAUAAGAGAAAGGAACACAGGAGAAGGAGAACAGGGGAGAUAGACAAAGGAGAAUACGAGAUAGAGAAAGAGAAUAAAAAGAGGAAAAUUAAUUAUAACAAAUGGAUUUUCUGGACUUCAAUCUAUCGCCCGGACACAAAAAGCAGUCACCUCGGAAGGGGCGAAGAGCAGCGGCGGCAGAAAUCCUUGGGACCACAGAAGAUUUUGGGACCCCAGGCUCUCCGUCCCAGAAGACACCCCACUCGUCCCCCCUCGGACACCCCCCUCCCUCUGCCGGGCCCCCACUACAAGGCAGGAGGAGGACGGGGGGCUGGGCUACCUCAGCAAAGCAUGGGGACUUCGGAGCGCCGCAGGAAGACAGACGGCUCCUCCAGGACUCCGACUCAGACACAGAUCUGCCAGUCAUUCCUGAUCUAGAUGAGGUGGUGGAGGAAGACUUCACUCAACAAAUCGCACAAGCUCCCAGCGUGGCGGUGAACCGAGUGGCGACUUACAAGGAGUUGGACAGUGACCUUUUAAGACACGCUGCCUUCUCCACCUUAGAUGACAUUGACCUUCGCCUCUUGACCUCCUGCCUGGCCCCGGAGAGUGAAGUCAGGGAGCCUGACGUACAGUGGCGGUGGGACGCACUCUUCACUGAGGUCUCGUCCGUGCUCAGAACAGAGUGGGACCCAGAGAGUGACUCCCCUGCAGAACACCAGGGGACCCCCACACAUGCCUAGCCUCAAACGAUGGUGUGCCCGAUUGGCUCCUGAUUAGAGUGAGAUAAGACAAUGGUAGUGGUGGUGGUGGUUACAGCAUCUUGUGGCUUCAAAUCUACACCAUUUCAGCACCACACCACCACCACCACUGCUUCCCAAAGGCUCCUGAGGUCACACUGCAUCUCCAAGGGUGUUGCUGUGGUUCUGGUGACAAGUGGACAAGAUUUUCAACAUUUCCCUGGCUCUAGUUGAAGUUGUGAGGGUUUUAAGGGUGUUUUUGUGGUUCUAGUGGCAGAUUAACACCACUUUUGUAUUGUUAAAAGUAGAAACACACUUUUAAAUGGCUGUAGUUGAAGUUGUAAGGGUUUUUAAGGGUGUUUUUGUGGUUCUACUGAUAGAUUAACACCAUUUCUGUAUUAUUGAAAGUAGAAACACACUUUUAAAUGGCUGUAGUUGAAUGUAAGGGUUUUUAAGGGUGUUUUUGUGGUUCUACUGAUAGAUUAACACCAUUUCUGCAUUAUUAUCAGGAGAAAUAUGCUUUUAAAUGGCUCAAAUUGAAAUUGUAAGAGUUUUUAAGGGUCUUUGUGGUUCUAGUGGCAGAUUAACACCACUUCCAGAUUAUGAACAGGAGAAACACUCUUGAAAACUCCGCUAAUCAUCUGUGGCCUUGCAAAUUAGUCAUAACGAGAGUACAGCAUUUUAGAACACAGCUUUUUUAAUACAAUACACAGGUUGUUAAGGGUGUUUUUGUAGUUCUAGUGGCAGAUCAACACCAUUUCUACAAUACAAACAGGAGACACACCCUUGAAAACCCAGCUGGUCGUGGUGGUGAGAGGCAAGAUUUAGAACACAAAAUCUUCUAUCUUCGACCAAUGUAACACAAUAAAUGGCCUUGUUGGGGGUGUGUUUGAUGUGUUCUUGGUACUGUAAGGGUGUUGAUGCAAUAAAGAACUUGGAAGCACAUUUGUCGUCUGCCUCUUAAUUAAAUAUUGUAGAAUUAAUUUUAAUAUAAGGUACAUUAGAGAGAGAGAGAGAGAGAGAGAGAGAGAGAGAGAGAGAGAGAGAGAGAGAGAGAGAGAGAGAGAGAGAGAGAGAGAGAGAGAGA